UCCCAUCUUCUUUUAUUCACACAACCUUAACUGAACAAAGAAAAGAAAAGCAUUGAGAUUUGUUCCAUAGCCAACCAAAGAAAUGGCGAGUAAAAUGCUUUUUGCUCUCUUCCUUCUUUCUGUCCUAACCUUUUACCCUCCUUCAACCGAUGCAGCACCUGUAAAGGACCUGCAUGGUAACAUCGUUAAAAAUGGUGGCCGAUUUCAUAUAUUGCCGUUAUUUACAAUAGCCGGUGGUAUUCGGCGAAUCAAAACUGGAAACGAAACUAUACCCCUCAGUGUUGUGCAAUCUCCCAGCGAGGUCGAUAACGGGCUUCCAUUGAUCAUUACAUCCUUUGCCCGUACCGGAUUUCUCUCUACAGGUCAAGCGACAAUUAGCUUCGCUGAUGACUCCUCUCUUGAGUGGACCGCUGUUGCCGGUUUUCCUGAAGGAACCCUCGUUAAAGUUAGUGGCUAUACAUAUACAAUCAGAGGUACCUUCAGUAUUAAGAAUGUCCGAGCCAAUAUCUAUAAGCUUGUGUUCUGCAAGUUUGGCGGCGACCUCUGCGGUAAUGUUGCUCUUGUUGGCGAUGAUGCAGGGAACAGGCUUUUGGGUAUCAAUCAGAAAGACCCUUACGAAUUUGUUCUUGAGGAAAUUCCAUCCUCAUCUGCUGCAUCCAAAUGAAGCAGUAUGCAUGAAAAAUCGCCCACUUUCUCCUUGUGUGAGACAUGUCUAUGCUUUGGGUGUAAUAAAUAAAUACAAGACUAAAUAAAACAUAUCCAGAGCUUAUGUUUCUGGUGUUUUGUUUUUUUUUUUAACGUGUUCGUA